AUGGCCGAAAAUGAUAGACUUUCAACUCCUACGACUGACGACACGGGGGACAAACUGGUUCCGAAUGGUGAGGACGAAGUGACAGUCGAGUGUGAAGAAGUUCCGACGCUUUUGUACAACGUUUCAGACAGAGUGUCCAUCCGUCUUGCUAUUUUCGUUGCCUUUCAGCAAGCCUUGAUUGCACUGUCGUCUUCCCUGGUUGUAUCUUCGUUCGUAUCAGACAUCGCUUGUGCGAACGAAUUCCCAGACAUUAGGAGAGACCUUCUAAGCUCUACCUUACUGAUGAAUGGAGUCACCACUUUCUUAAUGGUCACCAUGGGGACAAGACUUCCAUUGUUCCAAGGUCCUGCAGCCGAUUAUGUGGUGCCGUUGGUGGCUUUGCAAAUGAUAAAUCCAGAUACUUGUAAAAUCACAGACGGUAAGACCAACCAUGUGACUUUUGCCUUGUUAUCAGGUACAUAAGUAAUGUUGUGACGGAAAGAACUUGCCCUUUCCAAACUGCGCGAGUUUCAGGGGUGUUUGAUCUUGGUUGGGAUUAUCCACACUCUGCUUGGACUUACCGGUGCCGCCGGCAUUCUCCUUAGGUUUGUUGGACCCGUUACUGUCGUUCCGGUCAUGUUAUUAGGUGGUAUUUUCAUAUCAAAGGCCAAUGCGAAGUUUGCAAGAACUCAUUGGGGAUUGUCCAUUGCCACAGCGGCCACCGCUCUUGUCUUGUCUCUGUAUCUCAGCAAACGGAAGACGCCCUUCCCAGCGUGGUCGAGGAAAAAAGGAUUUCAUAUAUACUGGUAUCCCUUUCACCAAGUCUUCUCGAUUCUGAUUGGUAUACUCGUCGGCUGGAGUUUGUCGGCUGUGUUGACGUUGACAGGGGUACUUACAGAUGAUCCGUCUAAGGCAGAGUACAUGGCAAGGACGGACGCACAAGCUGACAUUGUCACAAAGGCCGAAUGGUUCAAAGUUCCUUACCCAAAUCAAUUUGGACCGCCAUCUUUCGACACUGGGGUAUUUAUUGCUUUCUUGAUCGGAACAUUUACUUCCAUCCUCGAUUCCAUCGGAGAUUACUACGCAUGUGCAAGAACAUGUAACGUGCCUCCACCGCCCCGCUAUGCCAUUAACAGAGGUAUUGCAGUAGAAGGCUUUGGGAGCACUUUGUCAGGAAUCUUGGGAUGUGGUCAUGCUACCACAACGUACGGCGGCAACAUUGGAGCCUUGGGUCUUACAAAGGUGGCGAGUCGUGACGUCUUACUGUGGACAUCGCUCAUUUAUGUAGUAUUCGGCCUUGUCGGAAAAGUUUCUGCUGUCUUCAUAACCUUACCAGUGCCGGUUCUCGGUGGCGCCAUGAUCGUCAUGUACGGAAUGUUCAAUGGCAUUGCCCUUUCCAACCUCCAGGUGAUAUCACUUUCGGCUAAUCGGAAUCUCGCUAUUUUAGGGACCUCUUUAUUUGUGGGUCUCAUGGUCCCCUACUGGUUAGAGGAAUAUCCGGAAGAUCUCCAAACAGGCGAUGCCUAUAGCGACAAUAUAACAAAGACAUUGCUGUCAAACCCUAUCUUGUGUGGUGGGGCAGUAGCUGCCUUUCUGGAUAACACCGUACCAGGUACAGCGAAAGAAAGAGGUAUAACAGCAUGGCAGGAGCCGGAGAAAACUGGACAAUCCCAGACAUACAGUGAGGGAUUGGAAGUGUACCUUCCUCUUAUACCCGCGCGCUGGCUGUCGUGGAGAGGGAUGAAGUACUUACCCUUUUGUCAGUAUAAAGCUUCGGAGGAUAUAACAAAGACGGACAAGUCUACACCAGAGUGCUGA